AUGCUCCACGACAAAGUACCCUCGAACCAUAUUGAGUACUUUAUGUCAGAGAAUGUUGAACGUCGCAAAAAGCAGAAAGAAAGAGCUAAGAUAUUCAUUGAAGCUGCUGAUGAUGAUAAGGACAGGAGCAACAAUGCGUUAGCGCUGAAAUGUAAGCACCACACUGAAGAUCUAGAAAGGGCUAGUCUGUUGAAGGAAUCUCUGAGCAUCUUCGUGUUCAACCGCAGCCUCAUACAGCUUGAGAAUGUAUGCAUGAACUGCUUGAACGUAAACAGCGCGAAAGACUUACUUGAUAAUGGAAUCACACCGUUUCCAUACAAAGUAGCGAAGGCCUUAGACCCUGAUAUCUACAGGAACAUUGAGUUUGAUGUAUGGAGCGAACUCAGACGAGAAAUGCGUUAUGGCGCGAGAUAUUCUGAUGGGACGACCCUCCAAGUGGGUGUGAAAUGUUUGUGCAAACUGCAGCCCGAGCAAACUGUUCCCUAUCACUGCCAUAUCCAAGAAAUGCGACCUGACGGCGGUCCAUGCCUCGUGUUUAUAGAAGAACUCGGCGAGAAGCGUAUUGUCAAUUUUGAACAGCUGGAGCCGCUUCCCCUUGAGGAGAUAAGACCGUGGGCCCCUCCAUACAGAUACUCGCGAGCUCAUUCCCAGUUCCUCACUCUGAGCCAAAUGUUACAGCAAAUAGGUUCGAUCUUGUUUUGCCAAAUUCUAUAUUUUACCGUCUCACAAUCGGAAUGCUUCUUAUUAUUUUUAUCACUUGCUUGA